CAAGCGUCAAAUCAACAUUGAUCAAUAAGCGUCCGGCAUGGCGGUGGAAAUAGAAUCUGCAGAUGUGGUUAGGCUGAUAGAACAGUACCUGAAGGAGAAUAACUUGCUGAGAACUCUGUCGAUACUACAGGAAGAGACAGGAAUCUCUUUGAACACUGUGGACUCUGUCGAAGGCUUUAUCAGUGACAUUAACAGCGGACACUGGGACACAGUCCUGCAGGCCAUACAAACCCUGAAACUCCCAGACAAUAAACUCAUUGACUUGUAUGAACAGAUAGUGUUGGAGCUGAUCGAGUUGCGUGAAUUAGGAGCCGCCAGGUCACUUCUCAGACAGACUGAUCCAAUGAUCAUGUUAAAACACAACCAAAAUGACAGAUUCCUUCAUUUAGAGAACAUGUUAGCAAGAUCCUACUUUGACCCAAGGGAGGCCUACCCUGAGGGUCAGACUAAGGAGAAGCGGAGAAACGCUAUCGCUCAAGCCCUGGCUGGAGAAGUCAAUGUUGUCCCACCCUCUCGUCUCCUGGCUCUGCUGGGGCAGUCCCUGAAGUGGCAGCAACACCAAGGACUCUUACCUCCAGGUACGACUAUUGAUGUGUUCAGAGGUAAAGCUGCUGUCAAAGAACAAGAGGAGGAAAAAUAUCCUACACAGCUUAGUAAAACAAUCAAGUUUGGACAGAAAGCCCACAUUGAAUGUGCCCGUUUUUCACCAGAUGGUCAGUUUCUGGUCACUGGUUCAGUGGACGGGUUUGUAGAAGUCUGGAAUUUUACCACUGGAAAAAUCAGAAAAGAUCUGCGGUAUCAAGCACAGGACAACUUCAUGAUGAUGGAUGAUGCUGUUUUGUGUAUGUGCUUCAGUAAGGAUUCAGAAAUGUUGGCUACAGGAGCACAGGAUGGCAAAAUCAAAGUUUGGAAAAUUCUAACAGGCCAGUGUUUGAGGAAGUUUGACAAAGCUCAUAACAAAGGAAUCACGUGUGUCAAUUUCUCCAAAGACAACAGCCAGCUGCUCAGUGCAUCCUUCGACCAAACAAUUCGAAUGCAUGGAUUGAAAUCCGGGAAAACGCUGAAGGAAUUUCGAGGCCAUACAUCUUUUGUCAAUGAUGCAGUUUUCACACAAGACGGACAUCACAUAUUAAGUGCCAGUUCAGACGGAACUGUUAAGGUGUGGAACUUGAAGACGACGGAAUGUCAGAACACGUUUAAAUCUCUGGGAGGUACAUCCGGCAUCGACAUCACUGUCCACAGUGUCCACCCCCUGCCCCGGCAGACCGAGCAGUUCAUCGUGUGUAACAGGUCCAACACCAUUGUCAUCAUGAACAUGCAGGGUCAGAUUGUGAGGAGUUUCUCCAGUGGUAAGAGAGAGGGUGGAGACUUUGUGUGUGCCGUUCUGUCCCCGCGGGGGGAGUGGAUCUACUGCGUGGGAGAGGAUCUGGUGCUGUACUGUUUCAGUGUCACCACCGGCAAACUAGAAAGAACCCUCACGGUUCAUGAGAAAGAUGUGAUAGGAAUCACUCAUCACCCUCAUCAGAACUUGAUAUCCACCUACUCAGAGGACGGAUUGCUCAGGAUCUGGAAACCCUAAUUCAACGACACACUCGGAUUAAUACAGACUUCAUGCCGUUAGUGAUUACGUCAAACUCAUGCAAUCAAGUUGCAAGCCAGUCUUGUGGGCGUGUUCCUUUAUUCUGUCAGAUUGGGACAGCUGGUCUACAGAAAUGAAAAUCAUGGCAUCAGUAGACUUCAAUUUGCAAUUUUUUUCUAUAAAAACGUUUGAUUAUAUUGUCAAAUUAGAUUUGAUGUUUGAUGUACAUUAAAUAAAGUCUUACCUGUCUUUGUGAUAGGAACACUGAA